GGACCCCGCAUGCAAACGGAAGAUAUCACGAAGCUGUGUGAAGCCGUUCCUCUGGAUUUAGCGGAACUCAUUCGAAAAUACCCCGAGAUUUUCCCGGACGACCUACCCGCCAAACUCCCGCCAAGCCGACCCGAAGACCACCGCAUCGAACUGGAACCCGGCGCACAACCGACAGUACAGCGACAAUUUUGGCUCAGCCAACUGGAACUCGAGGAAUUGCAGCAGCAGUUGGAUUACCUCCUGACGAAAGGUUUUAUCCGCCCAAGCACAUCCCCAUACGCCGCCCCCAUACUGUUCACACCGAAAAAAGAUGGCGGAUUGCGUAUGUGCAUCGACUACCGCAUACUGAACCGCAUCACCAUCAAGUCACGUUACCCGAUCCCGCGAGCCGACGACCUACUCGACCAACUUCGCGGAGCCAAGUUCUUCUCGAAACUCGAUGGUUACCACCAAAUUCGCGUCGCCGCCAAGGAUUGCCACAAGACCGCCUUCCGAACCCGCUACGGUAGUUACAAAUACCUGGUGAUGCCCUUUGGACUCACGAACGCGCCCUCAACCUUCCAGAUGACCAUGAACGGUGUUUUUCGCGAACUCCUGGAUAAAUGCGUCAUUAUCUACAUCGACGACAUCCUAAUAUACAGCCGCAGCAGGGAGCAGCACUUAAAGGAUCUUGAUGCAGUCUUCACGCUGCUGCACAAGAAUCGCCUCAUCACGAAAGGGUCUAAAUGCGACUUUCUUAAACAGGAGUUGGAGUUUUUGGGCCACGUCGUCUCUACCGAAGGCAUGAAAAUCGACCCCAGGAAAAUCAAGACCAUACAGGAAUGGAAGCCGCCGACCAACCUCAAGGAACUCAAAAGUUUUCUGGGUUUUGUCAACUACGUCCGCCGCUUUAUUCCCAAUAUGGCUGGGUUAUCUGCACCGCUAACCGACCGAUUGAAGGAUCACGAUUGUUUUUGGUGGGGUGAGAAGCAGCAAGCUGCAUUCGAUCAACUCAAAAUCGCCCUCACGUCGCCACCCAUCCUUCGCAUCUCCGAUCCCAACCGUCCAUACGAAGUCGUCACCGACGCCAGCGACAUCGCCAUCGGUGCAGUUCUCCUCCAGGACUUCGGCGACGGGUUACAACCAGUCGCCUACGAAUCACGGAAGCUGCAGGGCGCGGAAAAAAACUAUACAGUCCACGACACGGAAAUGCUGGCGAUCGUCCACGCGUUCAAGACCUGGCGGUGCUACCUGACCGGAGCUGAUGUCACGGUGUGGACGGACCACAAAUCCUUACAGUACCUGCGCGCCCAACCGAAUCUCAACCCACGACAGAUCCGAUGGCUCGAUUUCCUCGAGUCCAACUUCCAUUACGCCAUCACCUACAAACUGGGUGCCAAUAAUAUCGCCGAUGCCUUGACCCGCCCUACUGUCCAUACCGCCGCGAUACUAAUCGCCUAGACCAACCCAUUACUUAUGGGACU